AUGGAGGCUUCACCAAUCACCGCUGCUUUAGAGCAGUUGAGAAGCCCUUUAGAGAGAAAUCUUUCAGAAAGUGAAAUUAUCAACCAUAUUUUACUUCAUCAAAAAAUAGCCAUCGACACAGCGCCUUACGCUGUCGGGAAAAAAUUGGUCAAAUAUUUACUUAAAGUUGGCAUCAACUACAGCGAGUUUUCUUGCGGUUCUCACGCACAUCCCGCUCAUAAAAAUUUAGAAAAUGCUAUGUUAGCUAAAUUAGCAUAUACUAUAAAAGAGGACUUCACUGCCAUUUUUUGCAAACCGGAAAAAGUCCAUCGUGAAUUAGUAGGACCUUUCUCUAAUCAUAAUAUCAACGUGGCAGUUUGUAACCCAAUUCAAACUGGUAAAGACACCACUCGUUACAAUUCUCUUACACCCACUACUUUCAACCAGAUAAAUGGCAUCAUCACACCUUCCGUUUUUAUUCACGAUGCCUUACAUUAUUUAACUGUAUCCCAGAUCGACGAGUUUUACUCCAGAAAUCCAGCAGUUAAACGCAUUUAUGCCACUCUAAUGUGUCCCGUUGAAUUACGGAGCUACGCUAAGAAUACGUCAGCAUAUCCCGAGCUUUACACUCUAGUACAUCACGAUGAUGGUGGUUUUACCUAUCUUCCUGAAGAUGAUGAAGCAGGAGCUUAUGAACAAGAUGUCAAGCAGUCUGUCUACUGGCUUGAUUUUUUCGAUAGUACCGGACAUAACGAAUUCAGUAUGGACAUACUCCAAACUUGGUACGCUCAACAUCUAGUCAUGUUCUCACGUGAUCAAUAUCCAGUGAGAACCAAGCGAGUUUUCACGUUCCCAAAACUAACCAGCAUUAGGAAUUUUGUUGAUGUUGAGGCAUUGGGACUCAGCCAAGAUUUCAUCGAUAUGGAGUUAUUUAAAGAAUGGUUACUUUAUGCACUCAGUGUAAAUAAAGCUAAGCCAAGCGACAUGAUCGGAACCCUUAGGGCUUAUCUCAAGAACGGAGCUAACGCAAACUUAGAUGUUUGUUUAUCUUUAAUCAGCAUAUUGUGUGAUUACCAAGCCCUUGAACUCGACCCUGGUUUACUCCGCUUUACUGAAUACGAUAUUAAGUCUGAUGAUUAUUACUUGGGGAAGAUUAAGGAGUUCAAUAAUGUACUGCAAUAUGUAAAUAAAGCCGAUUAUCAAUUCCUUAAAAAAUUGGCUUUGGCACCAUACCAAAUCAUCAUCGAUAACAAAAAUACCCCCGCCUACUUAGACCAUGCCAUAGGAGUCAAUCUUAGUACUCCUUUAGGCGCCAGCUGGUAUACUAAUGUCGACAGUUACUUUAGCGACAAUUUUGACUUUGCCAUUGAACGAGUCAAAGACGAUUUACACCAUGCACAACAUCUCAGUUACAAGCAACAAGUUUGUGACGUUGCUAACAACUACAUAACCACUUAUAGAGUUUACAGUCAGAGUGGUUUAGUGCCAAAUACCAUGGAGGACGUUCAUUUCAAGAUUGAAAACAAAAAAAUGAUUGCGAUCUUCUGUCUCAUUGAAUAUGGGUUGGACGAAUUUGAUCUUUUACCUUUGCCAGAUGAUUUUCUCGCAGCAUUGGCACGUUAUACACCUUGUGCGGAA